CGCUUUGUUUUGUUUUGGUGUCUCUCGGAACAGGAGGCUGCGGGCUGGAGGCGGCGGCGGCGGGGGGGAGGAGGCGAGAGGAACCGUCCGGGAGGCAGAACCCGCUCGCUAAAUGGGGCGAGGAACAUCGGGGAUGGAGGAUGACGAGCCGAAGCCCGACGCCUGCCGGGUGCCGAGUUUCACGGGACGCGCGGAAACUUCCUCCGCGCGAGGCAAAGUUGAGCCGCCGGUCAGGGAUUCGAGCCGCCGCGUCGCCAGGACCGACUUCCCGGUGUCCCUCGACGGCGGCGAGCGGCGCUGGGAGGAGAGGAGCGGCGCGGAGGGGAAGGAUGCGCGGGGCAACAACAACAACAACUGCACCGGCAGAGCGGAGAGGAGGCGGGCGAGCGCCGUGGAGAUUCUGAGGCGGAAUUUCGGCGUUUCGCGGUCGCCCUCCUCGCGUCUGAACGCCAACGGUCGGAUGCAGCGCGCCGCCGAGCGCGUCAACGGCGACGCUCCGAACCGCCAUGGCGAGCGUGACAAGUCGGAGCGGGAGGCGGGCGGGGCGGGUGCCGAAAGCGAGCCGACCUCCGGCGGCGUGAGCGCCCGGGACGGGAAGGCGGUCGAACGCGUGGCCGCGGCGAGCCAGCGACGUCACGCGCGUGACGACGACGACGACGACGACGCGGAGACUUCAAGGGAGCCGUUUGGCACCGAAGAGCACGUCUACUGCACCGUUUACUGCAUCGCCAACGAAAGUCACCGCAGGGACGACGGAGUCACGGGCGAUGACGCGGUCGCGUCGGACGCACCGGACGCGGAGCCGGAGACGGGACGCGACGCGGGCUCGAGCCCCCGACCGACCGCGUACACGCUGGACGACCUGGUGGCCCCUUUCGGCGAGGCGGAGCAGGCCGGUGCCGAGGCGACGACGCAGGGCUGCCGGGUGUGCCUGGAGGAGAAAACCAUCGCACCCUUGCCCUGCUGCAGGAAGGCCGUGUGCGACGAGUGUCUGGAACUCUACGUCAGCUCCCAGGUGCGAGUGGCCAAGUCGUACAUCGGCUGUCCGAUCCCGGAGUGCGGCGGCUACCUGGAGGAGGGCCUGGUGAUUUCCCAUCUAGCCGACGAGGACGUGGCCAAAUAUCGGUACUUCUUGGAGCUGAGUCAGCUGGACUCGAGCACCAAGCCCUGCCCCCAGUGCAGCCGCUUCACCUCCCUGAAGGGGAACAACCCCAACCCCUCGGAGCACAAGUACAAGAUCCAGUGCGACACCUGCCAGUUCGUGUGGUGCUUCAAAUGCCACGCGCCGUGGCACAGCGGGGUCAAGUGCCGCGACUACCGGAAAGGAGACAAGCUGCUGCGAGGCUGGGCCAGCGUCAUCGAGCACGGCCAGAGGAACGCCCAGAAGUGCCCGCGCUGCAGGAUCCACAUCCAGCGCACAGAGGGAUGUGACCACAUGACGUGCACGCAGUGUAACACUAACUUCUGUUACCGCUGUGGAGAACGCUACCGACACCUACGGUUUUUUGGAGACCAUACCUCAAACCUCAGCGUGUUCGGGUGCAAGUAUCGCUACCUCCCCGAUAAGCCUCAUCUGAGACGGCUAAUUAGAGGGUCGGUCUGUGGCACGAAGGUGCUGAUCGCUCCAGUGGUCAUUCUGCUGGUCGUGGUGCUCGGAGCUCUGGCGCUGGUGAUAGGUUUGGUGGUUUUCCCGGUCUACUACCUGUGUAAGAGGAGGAAGAAGCAGCAGCGCACACAGGGCUCCGGACGGUGGAUCUGACCCCAGGAAGGAGAGAAAAAAGCAUAGGAAGCGAUUGCCGGAUAAUCACCUCGCUGGAGGAACGCUGGAGGAACUCCGGUCUCUUCACACGAUGAAAGCCGUUGAAUCCCCUUAAAUUAAACUUGCUUAAGAGUCCUCUCUCCCUGGCCGCCAUUUGUCUCGGACGCGAUCCAGGACGUUUCAGCGGUUUGCGUUGUGCACAUUUAGCAGCUGCCGCGUUUCAGCAGAACGAAGCCUGAUCUGUUUACGCCGGUUGGGAUGUUUUUAAAGGAUGGAGCUCACAGCUCUUCAGCCUGAUGGGACGAACCUUUAUCGCACGGAUGCUGUGGACGAUAGAAACAAAACUGUCCGCGCCGCAUGCUCGAAGACGACCGCGAGAGCUCACCGAUUAUUGGCAGAGAGAAGUGAGGAAACUUUUUGCAAAUAGUUCUGUCGGUCAUUUGUCGAAAGCGCGAGAUGGAAACUGAAUUUAGGGCCGAGCGCCUUGAUCAUCGUCGAACGAGCGGCUGCUCCAUUUGUGCCAAAACAAGCGGAACAGACAGCGGGCUCCGCCCCUUUGUUGUAUUUCGUUGUUAUUGUUUUUCACGUUGCCGCUGAGGGUUUGGCCGGUGAUGCUGUCGUAGCCGAGUCUGCAUGAAGAAAUAGACUUUGAGGCUUUGAAGACUAAGAAUUUGCAUCCGAUGGUGUAAAAGCUGCUUAGGAACGAUAGUGGUCCGUGUAGAUGAACACGCUUUAACUUUUCAUUACUGCGUCGUCCGGGUGGUGGUUUGCUCGAGAGCAAAACGCGGUGUUUUUAACGAAAUGAGGUCGUGGUUUUCAAGGUUUUUGGGGAAGUGUACUUUAGGGGUUCUGUGGGACGGAGACGCGGCGGCUUUCAGCGAACUCGACUGGCACAAACCCGCAAGAAGAAGGAAGCGCGGCGGCGGAGCGCUGCCAGGAAACGGGAGGUUUUCACGCUUCACUUCGUCCCUCAAACCCCCCGCUGUCGUCCGCUGCUGCUGGACGACGCCAGCGGGACGCUUUUAACGCCACAAGAGGUUUUGCACAUUUGUUUUUUCUUUCCGUUUUUGUGGAGGAGAAGCACAAUUUAUCGGCACAGAUGUGGAAUGAGAGAAAUGUUUAACCAAUGUUGGAAAAGGACCAUUCCGCCCCGCGGGGGGGUUCACGGCGAUAGCGUUCCGUCGCGGGUUUAAACCACGAAGGAGACGCGGGGGGGGGGGGUGACACGUAUUCUGCAUCUGGGAGCUCGUAACAGCUGCUAAGUGUAGUGAAUGUUCCUGAAGGACGCACAACAUGUAUAUGUAUAUAUCACACUCUGCUUUUCAGUAGCUGCUGACUGUGGGUUUGAAUCCGUUGUGUUCCGUCCCUCCGCCCCCCCCCACAGCUGCCCAAACAGCUGCUCGUCUAAUAAGGAAUCUCCUCGACGUCGCAGACGCUGGUUCGACUUGUGUGUCGUAAGCGCUGCUUUUUUUUUAAAAAUGAUUACAACUUCGGAAUUACAAGUUUCCCAAAAUAUACGGCAAACAGAAAAGAACGUUCACGUUCAAAGGGGUCGAUUGUGCUCAUUAAGAUGCCGUCGUGGCUUCGUUGUUGGGUUCCGGCGGAUUACUGGAGAGCGAAACACGAAGAAGGAAGCGCUGCUGUGUCAACUCAGUUCUUUCGGCCAAUGGUUUUCCUUUGCUGGAGCGCAUCGGCUGGCUGAUGCCUCCGGCCUUUUUUUGUCCCAGUGACGUUGACAUGAAUAUGCAAUAGUGCCUUCACCGCCGUCAUAGAUGACCGGGUGAGCCAAUCUGUUGUUGCGUGACUCCAAAGACUAUGUGUUUUAAAAAUAAGUCCAAUGAAUCACAAUAUUGGGCUCUUAAUGUAUAAUAACCUACUGAGGAAAACUCAAAUAUAUAUAUGAAUAUAUUUGAGUCCAAUAGAAUUGAUCUGUUACCCAGUUAUCAGUGGGCAGUGCGACCAGGCCUUCCAUUAAGAAUGUGUUUUAAUUAGCCAAAGAUUAAACCAAACCGCUGACAUUUUAACCACAGGUUUGUCCUCAAUAACAUCCUCAAUAUCACAUCUGAUUUACUUUUGCACAAGUUGAACGGUCUCUUUAUUUCGGCUGAUGGACUCUUUGGACUCUGCAGAUUAAAACGAGCGACUCUUUCCAACGCUGAAAGGACAGAAACGCUCGAUGAAGGAAGUGAUCCCAAGAGUGCAUGUAGUUAAUGUGCACCUGUAGUUAAUGUGUACAUGUAGUUAAUGGACAAAAUAACGUGGGUUCAUUUCAUCUCAGAAGGCCUGUGACUGUGUGUUUGGUCUGAUGUCGCUGCAUACUGUCGUUCACAGGAAGGUCUUUGAUUACCGUGCACCUUGUUCUCCACCUGCUGCCUCCGUUAGAAAUGUCCGCCGUUGUCCUCAUUACUCACUUUGUUGUUUUUAGGCUCUGAUGAAGAAUAAACUAAACUGGGUCAAAUGCCAA